UGAGUUGUCCCUUCACCCCCUUUAUAUGCUCUCCCGCCAUCGCGCCCCAUGCAUCAACACCAUCAUCACUGCCAUUCUCUUCUUCCCCCCGCCUCUCCUCCUCUCCUCUAUGGUCUUCGCGUUCCCACAGCCUCGAUCACAGCGCAGCAGCUAGCUCAUGGCCUUCGCCACCGCCGCAACCACAGCAGCAGCAAUGGCGCUCACGCCGCAAUGCGCCAAGCUCCCCGGCGCGACGAGACAGUCCAGGACGCGAUCAGCGAUCUGCAGAGCCGCGGCGACGGCCACGGCGCCGGGCAGCGCCUCCACGUCCGCGCCAGUGGCAGUCGCGGCUUUGAAUGCGAGACGCGGCGCGCGGAGGACGGCGUCGUCGGUGGCCGGCAUGUGGAGGCAGGUGCAGGGGUGCGACGACUGGGAGGGCCUCCUGGACCACCCGGUGCUCCGGAGCGAGGUCGCCCGGUACGGCGAGCUGGUCGACGCCUGCUACAAGGCCUUCGACCUGGACCCGGCGUCGCGGCGCCACCACAACUGCAAGUACGGCAAGGAGCGGAUGCUGGAGGAGGUCGGCAUGGCCGGCGCCGGGUACGAGGUCACCAAGUACAUCUACGCGGCGCCCGACGUGAUCACCGUGCCCACCAUGGAGGCCUCCACCAGCGGCCGCGGCCGCUGGAUCGGGUACGUGGCCGUGUCCACCCCCGAGAUGACCCGGCGCCUCGGCCGCCGCGACGUGCUCGUGUCCUUCCGCGGCACCGUCACCCCCGCCGAGUGGCUGGCCAACCUCAUGAGCUCCCUCGAGCCCGCCCGCCUCGACCCCUGCGACCCGCGCCCGGACGUCAAGGUCGAGUCCGGCUUUCUCAGCCUCUACACCUCCGCCGACAAGACCUGCCGCUUCGGCGGCGCCGGCAGCUGCCGCGAGCAGCUCCUCCGCGAGGUCUCCCGCCUCAUCGACUCCGGCGACUCGCGCUCCUCCGACACCAGCGUCACGCUCGCCGGCCACAGCAUGGGCGGCGCGCUGGCCACGCUCCUGGCGUACGACCUGGCGGAGCUCGGCCUCAACCGCGCCGCGCCCAUCACCGUCUUCUCCUUCGGGGGCCCCAGGGUGGGCAACGCGGCGUUCAAGGCCCGGUGCGACGAGCUCGGCGUCAAGGCCCUGCGCGUCGCCAACGUGCGCGACCCGAUCACGAGGAUGCCGGGCUUUUUCCUCAACGAGGCGACCACUGGCGCAGCGAUGCUCCGGCCGUGGGCUGGAUCCUGCUACACGCACGUCGGCGUGGAGCUGCCGCUGGACGACCUGUCGAGCGUCGCCGACCUCACCACCGUGCACGACCUCGGCACCUACAUCGCGCUGCUCCGGAAGCCCAAGGCCGCGGCGAGAGCGGACGACGGCGGCGGCGGCGGCGCCGUGAUCGGAAGGGUGCUCGACUUCGUGGGCCGGCGCGGCGCCGGCGCAAUGCCGUGGCAGGACGCGGCGCUGCAGAUGGGCGGCCUCGUGCAGACACUCGGCCUCAUCUGAACCUGAAGUAAACUGUGAUUAAUUAGGAUUCUUCCAGGAAUUAACUUGGAUUAACCAACCGACUGAUGAUCCUCGUACAAGAUAUUUUUUUCUUUCUUUCGAGAGAUUCAAUCAAUGAUCAUUGUUUCGUUGAUUCUUGUACAGAUCAAACCGUACAUAAAUAGAGACCAAAUACAAAAAUUCUUUCA